AUGGAGUUCUUCAACAAUGUCGGUGUCGACACCCUCAAGCCUUCAAUCUUCGAACUGGUAUCUCAGGAGCAACUCAGAGACUUGCUGCAGCCAGCUCUCAAGUAUGUCCUAGCCGUCUUUGCCCAACGACAUCCUCGAUACCUUCUGCGUAUCGUGAAUCGCCAUGAGGAGUUCUAUGCUAUCCUUAUGCUCAUAGUCGAACGGCACUAUCUCAAAAACCAUGGUGCAUCCUUCUCAGAGAACUUUUACGGCCUGAAACGAAGACGUAGACCAUAUAUCGAGCCCGAGAGAGAGAAAGCUACUACAGGAGGGGUGCCGGCAGGAGAGAAGCUUCGACAGCGAGAGAUUUGGCGAUCACUUCUCUUCUUGGUCGGUGUGCCAUACCUACGAGCCAAAGCGCAGGAUUACUUUGAAGAUUUGGGUGGAGGGAUCAGCUCUGAUAUUCUCAACGAUGGAGCAGACCUGCUUCAAGUUCGAAUGUUGACUGACCAGUCCUUCAAGGGCUGGCUGCGACGGACAUAUAAGACUUUGUAUCCUUGGUGUAAUGCUGUUUUCGAAGUCUGGCUACUGGCCUAUAACGUCGCAUAUCUCUUUGACCAAACACCUUUCUACCGGCCAUGGCUGGCAUGGAUGGGUGUAGAUCUCCGUCGGCUGGGGAUAGAAGACCUCCGUGCCGCAAGCAUGAAAGCCGGACAAAAUGCGCCCUUGACCAAGGGACAUGGACUACGACAACUACUGAGGUCGUCACCGCAACUCCUUCUUGAUUCCCUGCGGCUUCUUCUUCCAACAGCUGUCUUUUUCAUAAAAUUCUUGGAAUGGUGGUACUCACCUGGCUCUCCAGUGCGAUCAUUGUCAACGUCUCCAUUAGGACCCGCUGUUCCGCCUCCGCACAUGUUACCUCCGCAUCCGCAAGGUAUUCCUUUCGACAAACAGAAAUAUGGAACAUGCCCCCUUUGUCAGAGGAGUAUCAACAAUGCCACGGCUCUUCCUUCUGGCUAUGUGUUUUGUUAUCGAUGCGCGUAUGAUCACAUAGAGAAACAUGGCAAGUGCCCAAUAACACUGCUCCCUUCCAGGUUUGGCAAGCACAUCCAGUCUCACCAAGUACCAGGAUGGUCCGCGUACUACCUCGACUACAAGUUUCUCAAGAAGAUCAUAUCUUCCCUUGCUGCCAAUCGUCCAGCUUCGGAGGCAGCUGCAUUGGCCUUGGGCUUGCGUCCAGUGGACCUCUGGAACCAGUCAUCGACCCCUAGCGAGCAGUUUAGCGCGUCGCUCGAGGAGGACCCAGGUCGUCCGCCCAUUUUCUCAGAGUCUGGACUAGACGAAGAUCGGAGCCUUGAUUUUCGAGCUCACAAAGCGGCCUUCUUCUUCAAACUUGAGCGGGAAUUGGAAAAGAUCAAUGCAUUCUACCUGCAAAAGGAGGCAGAAUUACAGCUACGGCUGGAGACUCUGCUUUCUAAACGUCGCGCUGCUGCCAUGAGAGGUCUCCCCGAUUCAGUCAAUGACUCCACCCAGACUCAUGUUGAAUGGAGCGCCGUUGAGGAAGGAUUCCGACUGCUUGAGCGUGACCUUGGGAAACUGCAGCAAUUUGUCGAGAUAAAUGCCACUGGAUUUCGCAAAAUCCUCAAAAAGUUCGACAAGCGGUCGAAGUCUACGACUAAGGAGCUGUACCUCGCCAGGCAGGUUGAUGUCCAGCCUGUAUUCAAUCGACAGCUUAUAUCAGAGCUUUCUGAUACCGUCGCUGCCUGUCUUCUUGACAUCACAGACCUCUCUUCAGGUCUCAAGUUCGAAGGGCCGGGGGCAAAUGAUAUCUUCAUGCAGCAGUUAAUGACUGAACGAACACCAUAUAACCUACGCAAGGCUGUCACGAACUGCGUGCGCUACUCCGAUGUACUUUCUCAGGAAGCCGGCACGUCGAACAACAUCGCGCGCAUACUCUGGAGUCUUGCGGAUCUCAUUUUGUCCUCCUUGUCUUCCCCAUUUGAUUUUCACUUUAUUGAUGACAUCAAUGGACGGACGUGCUUGCACGAGGCUGCCAUGGCAGGCACACCUCGACUGCAGGUCCCGAUCGAAAGAGUGGACGUGUACGGACGGACAGCUCUUCAUUACGCUGCAAUGAAUGGUCAUGCAGCUAUAUGUCGUCGAUUAUUGGAAACAGGGCUACCUCUGAAUACUCUGGACAUCGACAAUUACAGUCCAUUGGUGUACGCUACCUUGCGAGGUUGCGUCAAGUGUGUUGAGGUGCUUCUUGAGUAUGAAGAAAUCCCUGCGCAGCCCACUACACCUGGCGGGGAUCUUAUCCCUUUGUCACUUGCUAGUCAAUGCGGCUAUGUCGACAUCGUCGUCCUGUUACUCCAGCGUGGUGCGCAGUGUUUGCCUAAUAGUAAUGGUGAAUACCCUAUGCAUCUAGCGGUACGCGAGGGACAUGUUGAGGUGUGCAAAAUACUCCUUCACCAUGACGGUUGGGACACGCCGGAUAAAUAUCAUGAGUGGACACCAUUGUUCCAUGGCUCACGUUAUGGUCAUGACGCAUGCGUCUCCAUCCUCCUGGAAGCGGGCAGUAGAGUCUCUCUGACCGAUGAACUAGGCCAUUUACCCGUACACUACGCUGCAUGGUAUGGUCAUCACGAAUGUCUAAAUCACCUUCUGGAAGCCUCAACCCGCAUACCGGCUGUGGCAGAAAUCGUCGCCAUGCCGGACAUUUCGUCCAAUUCAGAUCAGGGUGGACGUACUAGAGAAUCCGAGAUCGACAUGAUUCCUUCCCUUUCCUUGCCACCACCAAUCAUGCCUCAUCGCGUGUAUGGACACAAUUAUCUCGAUCGUAGUCACCUGGUCCAAGUAACUGUGGGAAACCCUUCUCGCAGUCAACCGAGCGUCAGACUACAUCAUCGUCUGAUCAGUCCUGCCUUCCGUGACGAAUAUUUGCUGAAAACAGCGCCGCUUAAGCUUGUCAUCACAACCAAGAGCCCAGAAGUCAGCUCUGCGCCAUACAGCAUAUCGCUGCCUCAGAGAGAUGACAAGGGCGUGUUUAUAUUCCAGAUACCUAACCUCAAUUGUUUGUGCUUAGAGUUUUCCAUCUAUCCUAAUUUUGGGACUAAGACUAUUGGGCGUGCCGUGGCGCUUCCUUCGUUAUUUACAAAUAUCGAGAAUAACCAGUCCUUUACUCUUCCUAUUAUGGACAAUAGGCUUCACGUCGUCGGGGAGGUUACAUUCGAAGUCAACAUCAUUACAUCUUUCAACGGCGUAACCCUGGAAGUAGGAGGCGAUGUCGAAACUUACUGGAAGUCGACAAUCUCUUCUUCAAUACAACAACAGCCGAUCUCGACGUCACCAUACCGGUCAGGUCAUGUGGGUUCUACACAGACGUCCCCGUCGACUCACUCCAUAUCUGGAGCCGGCAGUCAGUCUUCGACUAUUUCUUCACUGAGAGGAAAAUAUCUCUAUGUUAUCGUUCAGGUCACACGGGAUUCUAUACCUGUCGUGUUCUCACACUGGCGUCUCCCGGAAUCCAAUUUCAAUCUCAGUGUAUGUGAUAUCACCUUGGCGCAGUUCGAGGCUCUUGCAGAACGACUUGGACGGAAUGUUGAUAACGUUACCGCGUCAUCAGUAACUGAUUGGCCAGCUUUUGUAUUUUGGUCCAUGAUGUCUCUCUCACAGCUGUUGAAGAUACUUCCGCCCAACAUCGGCAUCAGUUUAGAACUGGCUUAUCCCUCACCCAAAAUUCGGGAGCGAUACUGUUUAAGCCGGCUAGAUCUCAACACAUUUGUAGAUUCGAUUUUGAGGACAAUAUAUUAUACCUCCACGGCUGAUGGCCGACUUCCUCGUCGGAGAAUCGUCUUUACAUCGUUUUCACCGGAUGUCUGCGCCGCCCUGAACUGGAAACAACCGAAUUACCCUGUUUUCUUCGCUUCUCAUUGUGGAAAGAAGGAUAUUUUCUUGUCUAGUCCUUCGCCGUUUACUCUUGAAGAUGAAGAUGAUGGAAGGUUCUGUAGCCUUGGGGAAGCAGUUGAGUUUGCGCGGAUCAAUAAUCUUUUGGGUGUCAUCGUCGAUGCCGAUCUCUUGGUUCGUCGUUGCAUCUCUUGA